AUGGACCCCAGCUAUUUCCGGAACGAUGUUUUGAGAGGCCGAGUGGCCCUGAUCACUGGGGGCGGCAGCGGGAUCGGCUUUGAGGUGGCCAAGCAGUUCGGCUUCCACGGCUGCAAAGGUGUGGUCAUCAUGGGCCGCCGGCAGCAGUUUUUGGAAGAGGCGGUUGGGCUGUUGUCCAAGGAAGGCGUGAACGCAGCGUUUGUCACCGGGGAUGUGCGCAAAUUUGAAGACUGCACAGCCGCUGUUCAAAUGGCAGUGAAGAAGUUUGGAGCGCUGGACAUUCUGGUGAAUGCAGCCGCAGGGAACUUCUUGGCGGCGGCGGAGCAGAUCUCCUCCAACGGCUUCCGCACCGUCAUGGACAUCGAUGCGGUGGGCACCUUUAACACCACUCGUGCUGCCUUUGACGCCCUGAAGACUUCCCAGUUCGGAGGGGUUGUGACGAACAUCACUGCCACCCUGCACUACACUGCCACAUGGUAUCAGACAGCACCUGUAGCUGCCAAGGCGGCGAUCGAUGCGAUGACUCGAAACUUGGCGCUGGAGUGGGGGGACUUCGGCAUCCGCUGCAACGGAGUGGCCCCUGGGCCCAUUGCCGAGACCCCCGGCCUCGAGAAGCUGAGCGGCGGCAAUGCGGACAAGAUCGACUGGAGCCAUAUUCCGGCCAGGCGCCCUGGCCUGAAAGCAGAGAUCGCGUCCGCCUGCAUCUACCUCUGCCUGAAUCGCUACAUCACUGGGCAAGUGCUUCCGGUGGAUGGCGGGGAGUGGUUCGGCAAGAAGCCCAUGAUCCCAAGGGAGAUGGUGCCGCGCCCUCAGCGACGAGCCGCGCUUCUCCUUUUUUUUGUUUGA